UGCUUUCAACGGCGAAGGGACUUACCUUGCUGGCCGAGCAAGAGCGGCUCAGGUUCUGCUGAGUUACAAAGCGUCAUACGGGGGGUUUAUUGAUCGGCGUACCCGAGCAGCGGACAACCUUGCAGCGGCUGGUCCUUCAAGACCUGUUCCCGAAGAAAGGCGUUCUCGGACACCUCCAAUCUCCGACGAACCAAUUCCCCUUGCCGAAGAAGCCUCCAGUCCCACAUCAAGUUCUUCUUCCAGCGGUUACACGCCUUCACCUCCAGCAAUGAACCAGCCAAUUGAUUUAGGGAGUCUUCUCACCAUACCUGGUCGAGGUCGUGGCGCUGCUCGGGGCCAAGGUGGCCAAGGUCGUGGCCGCCGUACUCAGACUCAGACUGAUGCUCCUCCUGGCUUUUCCCCAGAAGAAAUCGAGGCCAUCCACAAAGAGAAACGUCAACGGGUGGAACAGCCUCAAGAAAGACCCCCACCUUCCUCCUCGUCUCCUGCUCCAAUAUGGGCUCCCUCCUUCUCUCAUGGGAACCGAGCUAUCACUGCUCGGGACAUUGUCGAGACCGAAGGGACUGCCCUUGCAUUGUCCCAGGCCUUUUUGUUGCCUGGGGACAUGCAAAAAGAAGUUGCAAUGUCUCCAGACAAUCUUCUCAGUUCCUUCAUGUCCCACAACGCCAAGGUGAUGCAAAAAAUGGUGGCCAUGGCUCAAAAACUUAGCCAAUCAGAGCCCCAACGAGCAAAACUUGUCAGUGAAAACUCCAAGCUCCAACGUACCAUCAUCAGGCUUGAGAGAGAAAGGAACCAGGCCCAGGGGGCUGCAGAUGGCCUGAAAGGACAGUUGAAGGGGACUGAGGACAAGAUUCCUGAGUCAUCUCCACUUUGGACCAACAUUGAGCUUCCAAGCGCAGCAGCUGGUGAUCAGGAGGAAAUUGUUGAAGAGGGAGAUGAAGAACAGGUCUUGCAGACAGCGGAGCCUCCUGUUACCGAAGUGGAGCCUCAGAGUGAUAUGACCAACUCUGGCCAAAAGGAAGCCAGUGGUGGUCAACUUGAAGAUGAGAAUCUAACUGCAGCUGAAGCUCCUCCAACUGUUCCUACAAUCGUUCAAGACCUGACUGAAGAUGAGUGA